CGGUACAGCCUCCAGCCGCGUCAGCAGAGCAUUCUGAGUUGGAACAUUCCCCUCAGGUGUCGAGGUCAGUUCUCAUUUCAACGCAGUCAUUUGAAAGGACAUUCACUCUCACACACCUCUUCACGGCGAGCACUGUGCGUUUUGGUUUCGAGAUCUCUGGUGAGGUCUACAAGUGAGCGAACCUUCUACAGCCACUUUUCAACGGACUUCGAACAGCCAGUGGAUCACGUGUGUUUGUUUCACGGUCUGAGUAGAAGGCUACGCUGGUGGCGACUUGGGUAGGAUGUCAGCCGUGAAAGCACUUCAGCAAUGGUGUAAGAUCCAGUGCGAGGGCUACAGGGAUGUGGCCAUCACAAACAUGACGACCUCAUUCCGGGACGGUCUCGCUUUCUGUGCGCUCAUUCAUAAGCAGCGGCAAGAUUUAAUAGACUUUGACUCUUUGCGGAAGGAGAACAUUUAUGACAACAACCACUUGGCAUUCCGUGUGGCUGAGGAGCAGUUGGGGAUUCCUGCUCUGUUGGAUGCAGAGGACAUGGUGGCCCUGAAGAUUCCUGAUCGCCUCAGCAUCCUAACUUACGUGUCCCAGUACUACAACUACUUCCAUGGCAAAUCACCUAUUGGGGGUUUGGCAGGCAUCAAGAGGCCUGCUGAAAACUCUAGUGAUCAGCCCUCAGGGAAGAAGAACCAGCCAAUCACAGCCAAGACCUACACUCCGGCUACCCCACCCACACCAAACCAGAGAGAAGUGUUGUCUGAGCGCACCAAUAAGACUGGCACUCUAAGCAGCAGCUGCUGUGUCUGCAACAACCACGUCCACCUGGUACAGCGUCACCUAGUGGAUGGGAGGCUCUACCACAGGAACUGCUUCAAGUGCAGCGAGUGCUCCAUCAUUCUUCUGUCUGGCACCUGCAAACCAGGAGUCAAACCAGGAACCUUCAUCUGCACAACACACAACACAUUCAGUCCUUCAUCCAGUCAGAGCCCAAGGAAUCCUCCCUCACCCAAUCCCAGCACACGGAAUCCUCCCAGCGCAAGUCCUAGACCAUGGAUCGCUACCUCGACCAGUCAUGGGGAGUUCAGCUCAAAGGCCACGCCUUCCCCUUCCAAACCCACUGGCCCACCCUGGCUCGUUACCAAGAGUGACCGCACAGCGACUCCUACGCCAUCUCCACGGCAACAACAAGCUACGGCUGCGAUAGUUAUCCCUAACACUAGCAACAAGUCGGACCGUAACACGACACGCACUCCCUCCAUCUCUUUCACAGAAACACCCAGCUCUUCUCCAGCUUCCUCGCUCAGCAGCUUAGCUGCCAAGAACCAGCGUUCUCGACAGCAGUUCUUUGAGUCUGGAACCUCAAGUGGAAACAUGAAGGCACUCUCUGGGACCGCUGAGAGAGAGAAACCCACUGGAAGGAACGACGGAACCGAGAGCGGUAGCGGCGGAACCGUGGGAGAGAAGAAGGGAAGGGUGCUCCUGAAAAUGGGAGAGUGGAAUGAGGGAGAUAAAGAGAGGGAGAAGGAGAAAGCCAAGGGUAUGAUUGGAAGAAAGCUAGUACAUGAGAAGAACAGCAGCAGCAGCACUAAUCCGCCAUGGAAAACGGAUGGAGGAAAGAGUACUGACAGCAGUGGACGGGCUCGGCUAAAGCCAUUGGACGUACCCUUGACAAGAAAUACAACUCCAACAGACAAGCCAAGUCCAGCCUGUAUGAGUAAAACCAAUAAGGACACUAAACCAGUCCUCACACCGUCUAAAGAAAAUGACUCCGCCCCCACCAGCUGGAGGUCAAUGCUUAAGCCUGUCUCUAGGCAGACCAAAUCUGCCAGCGCCAUAGACCGAUCCACAGACCUCGUCUUACCCAGCAGCACUGAGACCCCAAGACCCAAGUCCCCUUCUCGUUUAUGGGGAGGCAGUUCAGGAAAGCCUCAGGCUUCAGGACCGACCUCCAGCCUGACCCCCAGCACAAGUCCUGCUGCCCCUGCCUCUUCCAGCACUCCAACCAGCAAGGGCUCUAAAGCACCAGAGAUGCCAAAAUCACCAAAGGGUAAACCAGAGUACAUUCCCAAAGAGAAUAUUCUGUGUGAGUUGGAUGAGAUUGAGAAGAAUAUGAAUGAACUGGAGAGGAAAGGAGUGGAGAUGGAGAAACAACUCAGGGUGUUUGAAGAGGAGUGUAAGGAGGACGUGUUGCAGGAUGAACUCAUGGCGGACUGGUUUAACCUCAUCAGACAGAAACAGGUCUACAUGAGGCGUGAAUCUGAGCUUGUCUACAUAGCCAACAGUCAGGAUCUUGAGGAGCAGCAGCCCAGUGUUGAAGCCGAACUCAGGAGGCUGAUGAUGAAACCUGAGCACUUGAAGACGUCAUUUGACCGUAAGCGCGAGGAAGACCUGUUGGCCAAGCUGGUGGAGAUUGUCAAUGACAGGAGCGCUAUUGUAGACGGACUGGACGAGGAUAGACUCAGGGAGGUGGAGGAAGACGAACAACUCAAAAAGAUGAUGGAGACACUUGAUUUAAAGAAAGACAAGGACAAGAAGAAGUCUCCCAAGUCGAAGUGGUUUAGACGGAAGUCCAAAAAGGACGGUGUUGAGUCUUGAUCUCAGCGAGAACCAUCUCCGUGUAUGUGUGUGUGCUGGUCUUUGUCUCCUUGAGUGUGUGUUUGUUUGUUUGUUUGUUGUUGUUUCCUGUACUCUUAUGUAGUGGGAUGUAAAUGGGUUGAGUGGAAUGCUGGUGAUCCAUAUUGGAUCUGCAAUCCCAGAUGGUUCUAUUGGACUUGGCCCUGAGCCGACCCAAUGGAUUAGUUCCAGAAUAAACUACUGUCUGUGCUUGACGAUUGACAGAUAGGACCCACUUAAACAGUUGCUCUUAGACAUUUUACACACAGUUUUAUGUAAUUUACACCACACCUAGAUGCUAGGUGUCAUUAUGGACAUUUAACUUUUAAGUAUUUUUAAUUUUUUUAAUUUUGAAGGUAGAGGACAAGAGCAGUGCACUAAAGAUGUGCAGGCACCAGAGGGCGUUGUGUAACUGAUUCUGUUGCAGGGACAUCUCCCACACGUUCACACGCACACAUAAACGUGCAUGCACGCAGACAGACAUACACAGUUCCUCUUCUUUGCCGGUGAUCAGUAACUCACAGGGUCAGCGUAUUCCAGAUCUUCAGGAACAUGUGUUGACAGACAAACAAAACAAAACAAAAAUUCAGGAUUUAGCUAAAGAAGUGGAUGUAGUGAGCGGAAUCAGUCUUUUUUUUUUCAUUUUUUUUUCAGGGUGAUUGUGUCAUACCUUUCGCAUUGUGAUAUAGAAUACUGGAUCAUAAUGAAUGUCAUUCUAGAACUCAUUGUAACAUUGAUGCCAUUGUGAUGUCACAAUAACAAGGCUACCCUAUAAUAUGACCGUUGUGCCCAUGUAUUGUGGCCUAAUAAUGAACUUGAUCAACAUUU